UCUAAGCAAAGUCAUACUGAAAAUCGAGAAUUUCCACGAAAGCUGACGGCACAGUAAAAGAAGAUUAAUUCACUUUCUAUACAAAAAUCUCAUUAAAUCUUCGAACUCUACGUUCUCUCGGCCUCAGAAGCCACAGGAAAUAUCAUGGCGGCACUGCUAGGGCACAUGAAUUUCUGGAACGCCUCAGUACAAUCAGCCAUAGACGUAUUUUUUGAAGAGCUGAAAGCCCCUGAGUCUCGUGGAAUGGCGACGAUUUUUGGCUUCAUCUACUCACUGUUAUCACUGAUAACUGUGGUGGGGAAUGCACUUGUAAUCAUUGCAGUCUACAAAGACCCUUUGAAGAUCCUGAAAAACUCUCCUUCAAACCUCAUACUUUUGUCAUUAUCAGAAGCGGACUUGAUUGUGGGGUUGAUGAUUGGCCCUGGGGCAGCCGUGUGGUUUUUCCGAAUUGGAAAGGCAGCUCCAUCUUUAGGAUACAUCAUUGUGAUACUUAGUUGUUCGUCCUUGGUAGUCUCUGUUGGCAAUGUGUUGCUGCUGACUAUCGACAGGUACUAUGCAUUGGCAACACCUCUAAAAUAUCGAGUGAUAAUAACCAAAAAGACAGUGACGAUCGCAUCUAGCGCUAUAUGGGUGUGUUCUAUUUGCUAUGCAUUAACAUUCAGCCUCCUGCAACAAUAUUUCCUUCUUAUUUGGUUUGUUUCUGUUGUACUGCUGUUUAUUUGCUCUGAAUGCAUUUGUAUUCUAUACUUCAUUACUCUGAGAAAUCUUUCCAAACACUCUCGGUCAAGAAUAGUAGUUAGUACUUCACAAUCAAAUACAGCUUUGGCUUAUCAGAGAGAGAAAAAAGUUUUCAAAGUUAUCCUUUCAGUUAUUUUUGUAUUUUACCUCUGUCUUAUCCCAUGGCUGGGAAAUCAAUUCGUGAUAUACUUUUGCAAAGGUUGCCACAGUCAUCGAAAAACGGUGAUGGUUUGCACCUAUGCAACGCAAGUGUUUGCUAUCUUAAAUUCUGCUUUGAAUCCAGUGUUAUAUUCCUGCAGGUUUGCAAAAUUUCAAGCCACGUUUCAGUAUUUCUUGAGAAAGUUUCUACCGCAUAAAGGAAGAAAAAAGUCAGUUAGAAUAAACGAGAGAAGGCAAGCGUAUAAUACACAUCUAUAAGGGCAUCCCACAUUUUUAAUUUCUAGCUGAUGAAUCAGGAACAUAAUUCUAAUUCAAAUUUUUCAAUUGUGAACGUGUCUAGUACAUCGGCAGGUGUUCAGUCUCUUGAGAUUAAUAUUGAGAAAAUCCUAUGUAGUUUAGCUCUCAAAGAGUGCUGAUAUAACUUCACUUAGUUUGGACCGAAAUCCAUUUUUUAUAGUUUCUCUGGUUCCGUGUAUCGACUUCCUCAGAUAUUUCUUUCGGUAAGGUUCGGUUUUCUACCCUGGCCGGGGUUCCUCUGUGCUUUUCUCUUAAAAGCAAUGCAACAAAAAUAAAUAUCAAUUUUCAGCUCACUGGGAACACUGGAGGUAACCUCUGAGUAUCAUGUUCGGCACAGCGAGGAGUAACAGAACAAAUGAAGAUUGUCCUUCUUCAGUUGAAUACUCCAAGCUCCUGUUUUUACUCGUCUUUGC